CUGUUGGCUAUACGUAUAAAGCAAUAAACGAUAACCUUAAAGCUGUUCGUCCGAGUGAACUCGGUAACUACAAGCUGAUUGUUGAUAACUCAUAUCAGAGAGAGACCAAAAGAGAAGCUGCAAAAAUGGGCACUGUCUCUCUUCUUAAGUGCUACAGACCCUUAUUCUCCACGCUUUUUCCUCGCUCCCCUCCAUCAACACCCCACGCCGCCAUCUUCAGGAGGAAGAACCCGCGGUCCUUCUGCGCCUGCUCGUCUCCGCCGUUGACGGCUGAGAAGGAUUGCGGCGAAUCCAACGCCGAGGGUUUCACCCUGAAGAAAUCCGCGCCGGAGGUAUGGCUGCACAACACCAUGAGUAAAACAAAACAACUCUUCAAACCCAAAGUGGAAUCCAAAGUGGGAAUGUACGUGUGUGGCGUCACCGCCUACGAUCUCAGCCAUAUUGGACAUGCACGCGUGUAUAUCAAUUUCGACCUUCUUUACAGAUACUUUAAGCAUCUGGGAUUUGAAGUCUGUUAUGUUCGCAAUUUUACUGACGUUGAUGACAAGAUAAUUGCUAGAGCGAAAGAUUUAGGAGAAGAUCCAAUCAGUUUGAGCCGGCACUAUUGUGAAGAAUUCUGUCGAGACAUGAUAACUCUUAAUUGUCUGCCUCCCACUGUGGAACCAAAGGUCUCGGAGCACAUGCCCCAAAUCAUUGAUAUGAUUGAGAAGAUUCUUAAUAAUGGGUAUGCCUACAUUGUUGAUGGGGAUGUAUACUUUAAUGUAGAAAAAUUUCCAGAAUAUGGAAAAUUAUCCAGUCGAGAUCUAGAAGAUAACCGAGCUGGUGAGAGGGUUGCAGUUGACUUAAGAAAGAAAAAUCCUGCUGAUUUUGCUCUGUGGAAGUCUUCAAAGCCUGGGGAGCCAUUUUGGGAAAGUCCCUGGGGUCCUGGAAGACCUGGGUGGCAUAUUGAAUGCAGUGCCAUGAGUGCAGCUUAUCUUGGUUACUCUUUUGACAUCCACGGUGGAGGAAUUGAUCUUGUGUUUCCUCACCAUGAGAAUGAAAUUGCUCAGAGUUGUGCUGCUUGCAAGAAAAGUGAUAUAAGCGUAUGGAUGCACAAUGGUUUUGUUACAAUUGAUUCUGUGAAGAUGUCAAAAUCUUUGGGAAAUUUUUUCACGAUACGUCAGGUUAUAGACAUUUACCAUCCACUGGCUUUGAGAUAUUUUUUGAUGAGUGCUCAUUAUCGAUCUCCUGUUAACUACUCAAAUGUACAACUUGAAAGUGCUUCAGACCGUAUCUUUUAUAUAUAUGAGACAUUACACGAAUGCAAAAGCUUCUUGAAUCAGCAUGAUCAGACAAGUAGAAAAGAUUCCAUCCCACCAGAUACAUUGAAUAUUAUUGAUAAGUUCCAUGAUGUUUUUCUGACCUCAAUGUCAGAUGAUCUUCAUACGCCAGUUGUAUUGGCUGGAAUGUCUGAUCCCUUAAAAUCAAUAAAUGAUUUGCUGCAUACCCGUAAGGGGAGAAAACAACAAUUUCGAAUAGAGUCACUUACAGUUUUAGAGAAGAGCAUCGGGGAUGUCCUUACUGUUUUAGGACUAAUGCCUGCAAGUUACUAUGAGGUUUUGCAGCAGCUAAAGGAAAAAGCUUUAAAGCGUGCAAACUUGACAGAAGAGAAAGUGUUGGAAAAAAUAGAAGAACGGGCUGCUGCUAGAAUAGAAAAGGACUAUGCUAAAUCAGAUGCAAUUAGGAAGGAUUUGGCUAUUCUUGGUAUUACUCUUAUGGACAGUCCAGAUGGCACAACUUGGAGGCCUACCAUUCCUCUUCCACUUCAAGAGCUUCUCUAGUCACUUCUUCAACAUAUCCAAAUCAAAACUCAUAAAUGUAUAUGGAAAUUAAUUGUAAGGGAUGCCACUGCUGUAUCAUGCUAUCAACUGCCACUAUGGUAAAACCUUCCCUUCUGAAUUCUUAUGUUGUCUUGCUCACCAAUAUUGAAUUAAUUAUUUUCUUAUUUAUUGGGCAUUUAACCCUUAGAAUA